CCUCCCUCUCUCUCUCUCAUUGUCUUGUGCGUUUGUUCUAUACGAAGUCGCCAUUGCUACCCUUCAAACAGGUCAUGGAGAUUUCAAGAUCAUCAAAUCAUGAUGAGAUAAAUGGUGUUAACUCAUCAAAUGAGUCUCCACAAACAUUUGGGGACUUAAUAACUGAUCCACCUAAUGAAGGAAAUGAUUCACAAGAUUCAGUGAUGAGACAAGCAGAAUUGUAUCAAGAUUACAUGAGGCGGCUCCCAAUUCCUACUCAAAGGGGUUCGAUAAUCCCAUUCACUUCAUGGACAGGAUUAGGGAAUUCGCUUAAGCAACUGUAUGGUCAGCCUUUGCAUUAUCUAACUAAUGUUCUUCUAAAACAAUGGGAUCAGAUGAGGAUUGGUUGUAAGGAUGAAUAUAAACCUCUGGACGUUGUUAUGCAUCCUUGUAAAGCUGAAACCAGUAUCUGGCUGAUUGAGGAAGUUCAUAGGUGGUCUACAUCUGAUCAAUAUCUGGGUAAACUCUGGCUCUCGGAUGGAAUGUACCAUGCUUAUACUGACCCCAAUUUCCCUUAUAUAUAGAGAAUGAAUCCGGUUCAUCGGCUCGCUAUAGUUGAUGUUGAAUUUAGGUGGUUACUAAAACCUGUUGAAUGUUGUAGACAAACUGUUCUUUUUAGUUUAGUUCAUUUUUCUUUGUACUCUCCCAACCAUAUGCUCUCACUGUUUUGCCAUUUUUGCUACUUAUGAGGUUGUGACAAUGAGAAAGUAUGUUUGCUCAUUCUGGGAUGAGAUCACCCUUUAUAAAUUUCAUUCUU